UCCCAGCGCGUCCUUCGUACUCAGCCUCCCACGCGCCCCUGUGCUCUCUACGCCUUGUUGCGUCUGCCUAACACAGCUUGCGAGACUGGUGACUGAACAUGCUGUGGCAUGAGUUCGCGAUUCCACGACGACCACGACCGAGAUAGCACGAAGUCUCCUCAAACAACACUCGGUAGAUCUACUCCAAUUCGUGGAUGGUCGCAACACCACCGACGCACAGAUGGAUUCACCCGUCUCUACAGCUGAGUUUCCGUCGCGGGGACCGGCAGUGAGAGCUACGUCAGCUGCGACACUUGUUCUUUGCUCUGUUUUCGUCAUCCUCCGGUUGAUGUCGAGAUUCCUCGUGGUGAAGAAACCAGGAUGGGAUGACUACACCAUGAUCGCAGCAUGGCUGCUAGCGUUCGGCGCAACGUUUUCCAUCAUAUUCGGCACCACCAAAGGACUUGGUCGACACCAGGCUCACAUUGAAGAUGCUUGGCUCGAACCGAUGCAACAGUCGGCGUACGCGUUCUCGGUACUCUAUAACCCGGCUCUCAUGGCAACCAAGACGUCGAUCCUGAUCUUCUACCUCGGGCUGUCGGAAACGCAAAAGAUCUUUCGAUGGGCGACUAUCGCAACGCUCGUUGUCGUGAAUGCUGGCGGCCUGGCCCUGACUGUUCUCAACAUCGUCCAAUGCCGACCAGUCAGUGCUGCAUGGAUGGUACCCGUGCCUCUAACAGCGCACUGCACCAACAUUGUCACAAUCUACCUGUCGUCUGCUCCGCUCAACAUCAUCACCGACCUUGCUAUUCUGUUUCUUCCCAUGCCUAUCCUGACUAGCAUGCGACUACCCAAGAAACAAAAGAUUAUCCUGGUCAUCACUUUUGGAUUUGGCAUCUUUGUGGCCAUCGUCGAUGUUGUCCGUAUUGCCUACCUUCAGGACGCGCAGCGAGCCACUCUCGUUGCGGCACAAGCUGAUCGCACUGAAAGCGGUACGACACAGCGGAACACGAGUGACUUUUCGUGGUAUGCCUCACUCUCGUUCAUGUGGAGUACGGUUGAGAUCAACGUGGGCAUCAUGUGCGGCUGCGUUCCUGCCAUGAAGCCGCUGGCUCGACGAUUCUUGCCGAGCUGGAUCAUUGACCACACGACAUCACGUGGUAAUUCAGGCACACACGCAAGCGACGAAGCGCAGUUCCACCCAGACAUCCUAGAAGACUCGCGGCGCAGAUCCGACCAAGAGACGCCACCCGAUUCACCCAUGAGCAAGCCUCCAGUCGCCUUGUCUGCACUUCGAGGAGCCGACGAACCGCUAGGCAUGAUGGACUUUCUCACCUCGCCAGAUACAACCGACUUCCCACAAACGAACCGCGCAAGCACCGCAGUAACCAUGGCCCCCACGCUGAGCACGCGACGUAAUUCUAUCACAUUCUUCGACUUUGUCGACACUGGACAGAAGAAGAACAUCACUUUGAGGAGUAACCGCGAAUCCAUCUAUCCAGUCUUGAUGGUCACCAUCCUGUUCUUCAUCUGGGGCUUUGCUUACGGCUUCCUGGAUGUACUCAACUCGCGCUUCCAAGAGAUUGCCAACAUGAGCGAUUGGCAAACUGUUGGACAGCACAGUGCAUACUAUGUUGGCUACCUUGUUGGCCCCCUGACCUUCGGACGGAUCGUCUUUCAGGUCUGGGGUUUCAAGGUGUGCUAUAUGGUUGGGCUCGUAGUCUACGCCUGUGGAGCUUUGGUCUUCUGGCCUUCCGCUGUUCUCACCAACUUCCCAGCAUUUCUCGUCUCGAACUUCAUCGUGGGUGCUGGUCUGUCAACUCUGGAGCUCGCCGCAAACCCUUUUAUUGCUCUUUGUGGGCCCCCUGAGUACGCUGAAGUGCGUUUGAAUCUCUCGCAAGGUGUGCAAGCAAUUGGCACAAUCGUUUCGCCCCUACUUGCCAAGAAGGUUUUGUUCACUGCCAACGCAUCCAACUUGAUCGACGUUCAGUGGACAUAUCUUGGCAUUUCAUUCUUCAGCAUUGCCCUGGCUGUGCUUUACUUCUACGUGCCACUCCCGGAGGCUACGAACGAGGAGCUCGAGACCGCCAGUAGGCGCCUGCCUGUCCCCAGGGAUGCUUCAAUCAAGAUCGGCCCCUGGCCUGUCAGAGUUAUCUGGAUCAGUCUAGGGUUUGCCGUCUUUUCACAGUUCUGCUACGUCGGGGCUCAAGAGUCAACCUCAACCUCGUACGCCGAGUACCUCAGCCUGGUCAAACCUUCCGUCAACUAUGUCAAUCACCAGGCGGUCAGCCAUACCGCAUUCGCUGCCUCUCGCUUCUUGGCAGCCUUCAUCGAUGUGUGGGUCAAACCGCGCUUCAGUCUUCUGGUCUUCUACCUCGGUGCCGUUGCAUUCUCGGUGGCAGCGUUUAAAACCUCUGGUUCCACUGGCACUGUCAUGCUGGUGAUGAUCUACUUUUUUGAGGGUCCCCUGUUCCCGCAGAUCUUCGCUCAGGGUAUUCGUGGAAUGGGAAAGCACACGAAGGACGCUUCAGUGCUCAUCACAUCAGCAAUUGGUGGCGGUGCAGUCUUCCCACCCAUGGCAUUCGCCGCGCUCAAGAUUCACGAUGCCCGCUACGCUAUGUGCGUUAGUGUCACUGCAUUUGCUGCUGGAGCACUCUACCCCAUCUGGCUCAAUUCUCUACCCACUACCAGGCAGCAGUCAGACCCACGACGAGAUGAGCAGACAAGGCGCGAGUCAGCGGCCGAAGAGAAGCGAAGAGAGUCCACGGGCCAGAUGAAGCCCAGGACUUGGAGCAAGGUCAAAAACAGACUCAGCUUCGGCAAUCACGAGAAAGACCAAAUGCCCUCUGUAGAGCACAGGGAGAGACGCAGCUGGCCCGAAGGCCUAGCUCCAAUUCCAGGCAGUCUUGACAUUACACCAGAGCGAAGGGAGUCACAGGCCCUCUCAAUACAGAGUUCAAGCAGCAGCUCGGACAGCGACGCGCCGGCUCGGUGAGGUGCACUAUUUUUGAUUAUGAAUUGCAUUGCGUCA